GUGCCCUGCGGCCUGUGGGCUGUGGCCAUCGACCGAACCGGGCGGCGCCUGGCUGCCUUUGCGCGCUGCCCCUCCUCUGCUAGACUGCUGCGCCGCCGCUCCCUGCUAGACUGCCUACGUUCCGGUGCUCCUUCACCUCUAUUAGACUGCUGCGCCUCCGCCCUGAGCGCCGUCCCCUCUCGACCCCGGCCCUCCGCUACGCUACACGCGAUUCUGCGAGCUUGCCGUCAACAUGUGAUUUCCCCAAGACCCAACCCCAAUCCCAUCAAGCACUAGCCUGGUCGUUUUUUUCUUUCUAACUAUCACAGCACUAGUCUUUUUUUGAGAACAUCACAGCACUAGUCCAGCCUAUCUAGGUCACGGUAAGCAGGAGCACCAGUGGUUUUACACAAUGGUUCAUUUCAAGAACAGGUACAUGGUGAUGGAGGUCUUCAUCGACGCUAGCAGAGGAGAGGCUGAUCCUGUCAUCCUCACCCAGUUCAACAUAACCAAAGUGAUCAGAGAUAGCAUCCAGCUCAACUUUGGGGAAUGUGGUCUAGCUGCAUCUCUUGGAUCAUUGCAAGUGAAGUAUGUAAAUCCUGUGACGAAGCUUUGCGUAAUCCGAAUGUCGCGUGAAGAUCACCAGAAAGUGUGGGCUGCUAUCACAAUGGUCAGGAGCAUUGGGAAGAUCCCAGUGUCGUUCAACCUCUUGGACGUGAGUGGAAGUAUCAGGGCCUGCAAGAAAGCCGCGCUGGAGUGCGAAGAAGCGAAGUUUGAGCAGUACAAGCUGGCUGCUGGUGACCGCAUGACGCAGGAGAUUAUCGAAUCCGUUCAGGGUUGCUUUGGCAAACUUAAAGGAUUAGACAGUUAGUAAAUUAAAGUUUGCCCCAUGCCAGCAGUCUGAAAAAGAACCUAUAAUCUAGACAAACGGCAUUGUCGUUGCUCGGUCCAAGGGUGCAACACGGCGGCAUCCAUCCCCAAAAAAGACCUAUUAAAGAGGGAGCUUAGGAAAAAGGAUGUUCUUGUGGAAGAAAUGGUGUGUAGCUAAUCAUGAUCAAGCCAGCAUCUGGUAUGGCGCAAAAGAAUGAUGCAGUUUAGCCAACGUUUUCCUUUUUUUUUAAGCUGAUGGUACUACACUUUAUCAAGCGUUUUCAUGUGUUCUUA